GUCAGCUUGUGACGCAGAUUACAGGUAGAGGUGGUGCGAGGAAAAAAUGGCAGACUCCAAGUGGUUAAAUAUCUACUCUUUAGCUCUUCUAACUCUAGGAUAUAUAAUUGGAGAACUCGCACAUUUUCUUAUAGCGACCACAAGUCCUGAAGUUGCAAAAGAUAUUCACUAUGGGGAUCUGGGAUGUAGAGGAGAUAAAGAGUUUGACUGUGAAGAGUUUAAGACAGCAGAUACAUGUACAUCAAACUGUACAUGGGACUACUUAGGGACUGGUCUGGAAUAUCAGGUUUUGGCGGGACCAGCAUUUAUAGUUACAUUCACAUUUUCUGCUCUCAUCAUGGGAUUUUUAGCAGACAACUUCAGCAGACCUCUCAUUUUAUCUGCUGCCAUCACAGUAUUCUCUGUUUGCUGUAUGCUGAUGGGUUUCAGUCAAAGUUAUUGGCAGCUUGUUGUUCUCAGAAUGGGAAUAGCUCUAGGAGAGGGAGCAUGCAGGCCUGCCAGUGGAUCCCUUAUUGCGGAGUUUUUCGGUCCAGAAAACAGAGCUAAGGCGAAUGGUGUUUUUUCCUGGGGUGUUUACUACGGAUAUGGUCUAGCUUUUAUAUUUGGAAUAUAUAUUACACAAGCUGAUAUACUUGGAUACGGAUGGAGAAGUGCGUAUGUUAUGGCUGGAGCACCUGGUUUAAUUAUUGCUGCUCUUCUCAUCUUUAUCAAGGAUCCAAGAUACAAAGUAAAGAAUGAUCAAGCUUCUGUUGAGAAUAAAAGCGCCCUGGAGGAAUCUGGUCCUAAGUUUUCUCUGCGAAAUUAUCUGAUUUCUAUCAAGAAAGGAUUCUGGCAACCAGCCAUGAUUUGUUUGCUGCUCUCAGCUGCUGUCAGACAUACUGCUGGGUACAGUUGGGCGAAUAACAACUUUAAUUAUUUUAAUACAUAUCAUGAGGGAAAAGAAAUAGGUUACUGGUUCAUGAUCUGCUCUAUUGUUGGAGGAGGGUGUGGGGUUGUUUUCGGAGGAAUAUUUUCAGAUAUUCUCGUGAAAAGAAUGGGAAUCAGUUCCAGACAAUGUCAGGUCAAUAUAUUUAUAUAUUCAACAGAUAUAGUUCCAGACAAUGUCAGGUCAAUAUAUUUAUAUAUUCUAGAGAUAGUUCCAGACAAUGUCAGAUCUAUCACAGUUUCCACGUUCUUGUUCAUCAUGAAUAAUCUUGGUGGAAAUAUACCUAUUCUCAUUGAAGUUGUAGCAGAAUGGAUUGAGCUGAAACCUGCAUUAUAUAUGUUUUGGCCUGGUCUAGUUGGUCUCAGUGGAGUGAUGUUUGCUUUAUCCAGCUUUACUCUCCCAGCUCAACACAAAGAAAUAAAAUAAAAUUAUUUAAUUAACUUUCAACAAAUAAAUUUAUUUACCCACGCA